CUCUGUCAUGGAUCUGAAGGUUCCGGAGACGAUCCAUUUCCCGGCUGAGGAGGAGAAGAUUCUGGAAUUGUGGAAAUCUUUGGAUUGUUUCCAGGAAUGUCUGAAGCAAUCGAAGAAUAAACCGCGAUACACUUUCUACGAUGGGCCUCCAUUUGCUACCGGCCUCCCACACUAUGGCCACAUUCUGGCCGGCACCAUAAAGGACAUCGUGACCAGAUUCUCACACCAGAGCGGAUUCUACGUGGAGAGACGCUUCGGCUGGGACUGUCAUGGCCUCCCCGUGGUAUGUUAGGA